AUUAAAAGUGGGAGAUUCUCUCAAAGUCAGAGCCAUAUUUAUAUUAUUAAUGAUACUGUGCUUGAAUAAUGCAUUUAAUCACAGAUGUGCACAGUGUUCUCAUUUAAGGGCCAAGUAUGAACACAUGAAGAAGUGCAGAGUGGUUGGUCAAAUCCUUCAUCCAAAAAGCCUCAACACCAAGCUGAACCAAACAGUACAGCCUGGGAUGACCAUCAAAGUCUCUUGCGGAUGUGCAAACAAAUGGCAUGAAAACAGAGACUUAAUUUUAUUAAGAACUUGCCAUGAAAAGAAGAAAAAUAUGGUGUGGUUGUAGACUUGUAGACAUAAUGAAACAUGAGAAACAAGUCCUCAACUGGGAAGAGGAAUUGAUCCUGAUCCUUGCCUGCAAAACACAACACAGGAACGGAACAAACUUAACACUGUUGUGUAACUUCAGUACAUUACAUUAUAUAUAGCCCUUCCUAUUCUUUUCUUUUGCUUGAAUCAAUCAACAACCAUCCUCAACUAUGCUGCCAUUGGUUAACGAAAUAUGCCUGUGCUUUUGUUUUUUGGUUGUUGCAUAACCUUUCCACAUUUCCUUCUGCAUAAAAAGCAGAGUGUGGCAGAGUUUUAACUUUAGGACUGCAGUUGAUGUGCACUUUGGAAAAGGAUAAACCUUGUUGCUGAAACCUUUUUUGACAGACAAGAUGAAGAAGUUGAUCCUUGACGUGGACACAGGGGUGGAUGACGCUCAGGCCAUCAUGAUGGCCCUUGCAGCCCCCAAUGUGGAGAUCCUGGGGAUCACCUGCUGCCAUGGCAACACAGUACUAGACAAUGCCUGCAAGAACACACUCCGUGUCCUGAAAACCUGCAACAGGCUGGAUAUCCCAGUGUACCGUGGCUGUGCAGAACCCCUGCUGGCUCGAAAACUCCACGCUGGAGAUUACCACGGGAAGGACGGGCUGGGCGAUGUCCCGGAUCCAGACGCUCCAGGCCUGGAGCUGGUGCAGAAGAAGAAAGCUGUGCAGGCCAUGAUCGAUAUUGUGAAAGAAAACCCUGGAGAGGUGAGUCUGGUUGCCACGGCCCCCCUCACUAACCUGGCUGUCGCAGUGCAACUGGCCCCUUCCAUCCAUAAGAAACUGAAGGCGCUCUACAUCAUGGGUGGAAACAUUGACUCCAGGGGUAACACCAGUGAGUGUGGAGAGUUUAACUUUGUGGCUGACCCUGAGGCUGCCUACGUUGUGCUGGACCGCUACACCUGUCCCACCUAUAUCGCCAGCUGGGAGUUCAGCUGCAGGAACAGCCUGCCAUGGUCUUUCUGUGACACCUGGCUGGCCCAAGACACAGACAAGGCCCGUUUCAUGGAGAGGAUUUCCCACCACACCAGGAAGAUGGUCCAGACUGAGCGGUACCAGAAGGAGCUGGUGGCAGGACCUGGGUUCAACUCCUGUGACACCUACGCUGUGGCUGCAGCCAUCGAUGACGCCCUUGUGACGGAGAGUGAACAGUUUGCAGUGACGGUGGAGUUGGAGGGGACUCACACCCGAGGCAUGAUGGUCUUGGACUACAUGGGCCUGCUCAACAAGACACAUAAGGCCUCCAUCAUGAAGAAAGUGGACUUGGAGAGGUUCAAACAAAUGUUAAUGGAUGCACUGAAAUAGCACAACUUCUCUAAAAAUCUAUCUUUACAGGUCGCACCGGUCGUUUAGAAUAACUCGUUUUCAGGCAGAUGGAUUCGAGGAAUGGUGCGAGUGUAUUUUUUUUAGCUUCGCGCUGCUCUGACUUAAAAUAUACUACCCCAUCAGAAUGUGCCAAUAAAAAUCUAUUCUACAGCAUUAUAGGCCAAAUAUGAGUGGUAGCAUUAGUAUAUAUUUCCCCUACAUGUCUUGAACUAGCACUAUGACAAGUAGAUGCAUUUAAAUGCUUUUCCGUGUCUGUGUAUGUGAGU